ACUGCAACACACAACUUGUGUCAUGUUGCAGAUUAGAGAUAUCUUGUAUUUUCGCCCUGCUAAAACUAACAGUACAACAACAGAAUGAAAGCGGCUGGUGACGUAAAGGAAACAAUUAUUCUAGUGGCGGAGAAAAUCUAAUUUUAACCUCUUGGUAUGUUACAUCUUGACCACAGUAUCAAGAACUAGCAGAAAAGACUUACAGACAGCUUUACAAGCAUGGAUGUCAUCUUCAAGGAAGGGAAGCUGUACCUUCAGGGGGUAAAGUUUGGAAAAAAAACAUGGCGAACAAUAUGGAUGUUGCUUUUUAAACCCAGCUCCACAGGAGUUGGGCGGUUGGAGCUCUCGACUGUACUUGACAACAAUGCUGCAACUGACCAGAGGAGGGUCGCUUGGCAAAAGACCCCUGACAGAAAAGUUGUGCGUCUAAGAGACUGCCUCAGUGUCAUCCCUGCUCCAAAAGAGUCUUGUCCUUCUGGGUACACCGCCUUCUACUUACACACCACUCUACACACCUACACCCUGGCCUCCACAACAAGCCAGGACUGGCUGAGUGCCCUCAGUCUUCUGGCCUUCCAGAAGGAUCCUGGGGAAUCAGACAAAGGGACUUUCAAGAGAGGAAAUGGUUUGACCAUGGAGGACAAUGACAUUUACUCAUCUUGGAAAACCGAUCGGACCCUUCCUCCAAACCAUUACCAAGCAGUUGUCCAGAGCACCGAGGCAUCCAGGAGGUGCAAGCUGGCUGGGAAGUACUUGGUCUCACCACAACAAGAGGCUUUGUUACUGCUGGCCACCAAUACCGAUCACAUAUUCUAUCGCUGGCCAUACAAGCACUUACGCAAAUAUGGACAGGUUGAGGACGGAUUCAGCAUUGAAGCAGGCCGUCGCUGUGAGUCAGGAGAAGGAGUGUUCAUUUUCCUGUCCAGGCAUGGUCCCCAGAUUUUCCAGGCUAUAUCAAAGCAGUGCUCUGUGGAGAGGAAGUCAUCCGUCCAGCCAGACAGAAGAUCGCUGAGUGACCUGUCUACUGUUAUCCCUCCAACCACAACCAACUGUCGCGCUGGUCCUCCUGUCUACAGUCCUGCAGAUGUUUCUUCAGACACAGAGGACGAGUCUGCCAGUACCAGCCUCUACUCGACUAUUAAUCACAACCCUGUACUAAAUGUAAGGCGGCUAUCUCUUGUCGAACCUCAUCUCUUUUACAUCAAGGAGGCUUUUGAAGAGGAGGAGAAACGCUGUCAUUCCCUGGAUGCUGUAAACCUGGAUAAUGUCAUGGAGGGCAGCAUUUAUUACAACCUAAGGAGAGCCACGCCGCCUUUGAUCAGAUACGAUGAGUUCAAACCCCAGAUAGACUCAGAUUGCAUCUAUUCGGAUGCAAAAAUAGUUGAUUCUCCCUUAAAUCGCCAGCUACAGCCCUUCUCACCACCCCUCCCUCCACCUCCUCCCUGCACCCUUCCCCAGUCUGCUCCCUUCUCCACACCCAAAUCCCGAUACCAGUGUCAGCCCUCUGCAAAUGACUACAUCCAGCCAGAGUACAAUGCACAAGCACAGGCACAGGCACAGGCACAGGCACAGGCACAGGCACAGGCACAGGCACAGGCACAGGCACAGGCACAGGCACAGGCAUGGGAUGACAUGAAGGAGAUGGAGGAGGCCAUGAGCCUCUCUACCCUCGUUACCCCCACAGAGCCCCCUGGCAGUUUUAAACACAGGCUGGCAGAAAUCAUUUCUAAGGACCUGGCAAAGAUCCAGCCACCUUUUCCCUCCGGAGCUGGCAGACCCACAUUUUCUCAGUAGGCUAUUAACAGACAGACCAGGAGGAGCGAUUUUAUUUCUUUACAAUCCCGUCCGCUGGGAACAUUUGGCAUCAUAUUUUGGCUUCUGCAGAUGUUUCUGUUGUAUAAAAAACGCAUCUGGAAUAGAUUUUAUUCUGUGGAUUGUUUUUACAAAUAAAGAGUAUUCAUGUA